AUGUCGGAUGACUUUGCAUGCAUGCAUGCUUCCAAUCGGUUCAGUUCCGUGGAAGCACCAACAGCGUUAGUCUUGUUGCCGAUCGCCGACCUAACACCACCGUUGCCGGAACUGACGGCAUUAAUGCCGCAACAGGAAAAGCGACGAGAGCUGCGUUUGAAACGAUUCUGGCGCACCACAACCAAACCGCCGACGUCCUCCGAGGAGUCCGGCGGCUGCGAAAGUCCUACAAAACUCGGACGAAAGGCGUUCCAGCAGCCGUCCGGGACGGGUACGACCGCCAGCAGCAGCAGCGAUAGUCCACCGAAACAUCCGGCCUGUUCGCUACCGCUCCUACAAGUUUGGCCAAGCCAGGACUCACCUCGGGGCGAAGCGGACGGACAGAGUUUUGUCUUUCCCAUCGUAGCAGACGAUCAGCAACAAAGCUCCAAUGGGCGGCGGAACUCGUUGUUUGUGGAUCAGUUGCAGGCGGGUGACUCUGGAAUUGACUCCGUACAGGCGUCACCGUCGCCGAUCGCAAUGCCGUGCCAUCCGCUCGUCGUAUCCAAUGCCAUCUCACCAAGUGCAUCACCUACGGCCGGUUCACCGACGCCCUCAGUAGACCGCACCACGAGACGUCCGUCGACUUCGCUGCUCCAUCCGGACCAUGCGAGAAUAUUCGCGCUUCGAGCACCUUCCUCCCCAGACCAAGUGAGCCUGGCCAGCCUGCCGUUGUUCGACAAUCAUAGAACCUCUUCCACGCCACCCCAUCCAUUGCACACCUCGCUCGAAGACAGUACCGAGUUCAAUGGGGCCACUACCAGCAAUCAUCUCUGCACUGCGAGCUCCAGCACGACCUCCUCCCUUACUUCGGUAGCCGUAGCGACACUUGGACAUCAUCCGCAGCGAUCCUCCGACCCAUGGCUACGUCCGGAACGCGACAAAGACAACCCAGAGCUGGACCAACGGCGUGCCUCCACGAUGACGGCCCGGUUGUCCCUGUUCGAUGCGCUCGAUCUAGAGUACGCCUUGCUAAGGGCAGCGGCACGCGGUUCUGUUGGUCCGUACUCCCUCAGUGAGUCGCUGCACAAGCUCACCUUCACGCAGUCGCUUGCAUUUCCUGCGCUGGCUCGUGGUCUCGCGACCAAGCGACGCAACUCGACCGAACAGAGCUCGUCCCGGCCGCUGAACCCGAACGAAUCGGGACUGAACACAUUCGCUAAAGUUGUGACCGCGUGCGUGCUAGUGAUGGUGAGCUUUCUCGUGUUUCUGGUAGUGUACAAGUACGUGCGGACGUGA